AUGCCGGUCACACGUUCAAGAGGCCGAGCAGAGAAGUGGAUGGCUGAAGCGGGGAAUGGCUCAUCGUCUCGUCCAUCACAAGCCAUUAACCCAACAGAAUCGUCGCACCCAUCAUCUCACAUAGAAGUUGUCCGGUCUCCCCGUACCCCAGGGGAGCCCCAUGCCUCUACAUCGUCUGCACCGUUUGGGGAUUCAACGUUGCCAAGCGGCGGGAGGGGAAAUAGUCGUGAAGUUUCUCCUUUACGCCAUACAGAUUCGAAGCUGGCAACAAUCAAUAUAGAAAACAAAUCCGAUGGUCCACCAGAAGAACCUAUAGUAUCGAAACCUUCGGGGUCACAGAAGACUUCAAGGUCAAGACGUAAAGCUAGAGAAGCUCGUCGAGAAAUACUUCGCAUCAAACUUGAAGCUCGUCGAGAAAUUCUUCGCAUCAAACUUGAACUUGCGCAACUCGCCUUAGAAGAUGUCGAAUCAGAUAGCUCAGGAUAUGAAGAUGAUAGUCAAUCGAAAACAAGCUACGUUCGUUCAUGGAUAGAAAAUAGUGAAGACGCUAUGCCUAAGCCACAGCCAGAGAUGCAAAUAUUUUUAGAAGAAGAUGAUCCUCGAAAACCGCAUCCAAAACCAUCGUCCUGCGUGAAGCCAGAGUCCCUUGCCAUAGCUAAAAGACAGGGCACUGAAUCAGUUACUACCUUAACGAAACCACAUCCAGAUUUCGUCAAGCACUACGAAGAUUUAACAUCGAACACGAAACUGAGACAUCCGUUAAGCGAGAUAGAUGAAAUGAAGAAAGAGAUAGAACUUCUAAAGCAAAAUAGAGCAUCGUCCAUUGGAUGUGAGCCUUUUCAUCCGAUGUCUUCUGGGUUCACCGCAGCACCUGCUGAAUAUAGAAAGGCUUUGCUUACUACAUCGCCUUCAUCCGCCGUCGCAUCAAAGAUCCUUAUAGAUCCUUAUUUG